AUGGCUCCCAGCUAUCAAGACCUGCCGCCCGAGGACGAUUUCGACGAGAACGAGGUUGAUUUCUCCGACCUGAAGGAACAAUAUGAAGUUAGGCUUGAGGAGGGUCUCGACGCGUUCGUCGUCAUUGACGGCCUGCCCGUCGUGCCCCAAGAGAGCAGGGAUAAGCUCACCAAGUUCUUGCUGCGCAAGCUGAACACCGUUGGCCGCGCGAGCCAGGAGGGCGUUUACAUGCCCUUGAACGACUCGAACAUGACCGAAGGUUACGCCUUCGUCGAGUUCGGCGCCCCCAGCGAGGCCAUCGCCGCCGUCAAGGCCCUCAACGGAACUCCUCUGGACAAGAAGCACACUCUGCUCGUCAACAAGCUUACCGACAUCGACCGUUACGGCCGCGAGGGCAGGAUCGACGAGGAAUACGUUGCGCCCACCAUCGAGCCUUUCCAAGAGAAGGAGCACUUGCGCUCAUGGCUUUCCGACCCGCGCGACCAGAUUGCCAUGUACAGGGACAAGAAGGUUGGCGUUUUCUGGCACGAGAAGGAGGACCAGCCCGAGCCCGUUGUCGACCGCGAGCACUGGACCGAGCUGUUCGUCGAGUGGUCGCCUCUCGGCACGUACCUCAUGUCCGUCCACGACCAGGGUGUUCAGCUUUGGGGUGGAAAGUCGUGGAGCAGGCAAAGGCGUUUUGCUCACCCCGGCGUCAAGCUGAUCAACUUCUCGCCCGCUGAGAAGUACCUCGUCACUUGGUCGCCCCAGCCUCUGCAGGUUGACGAGACCCACCCGAUCCCUAACCUGUCCGCCGACGACGAUGGCAAGAACUACAUCAUCUGGGAUAUCGCUACCGGCAAGCCUCUCCGUUCCUUUGUCACCAUCGAUCUGCCUCCUUCGACCGAUGCGGAAGGCAACCCGAUCAAGAAGAAGCUGCAAUGGCCCACCUUCAAGUGGUCUGCCGACGACAAGUACGUUGCGCGUAUGGUCCAGGGCCAGUCUAUCUCUGUCUACGAGACCCCCCGGAUGAACCUGCUUGACAAGACCUCCAUCAAGAUCGAGGGCAUCAUGGACUUCGAGUGGGCGCCGGCCACCCCCCAGCGUGAGGGUAUCAAGGGCUACGAGCAGCUUCUGUGCUACUGGACUCCUGAACUCGGAAGCGCCCCUGCCAAGGUCGGUCUUAUGAGCAUUCCCUCCAAGGAGGUUGUGCGUACGCGGAACCUUUUCAACGUUGCGGAUGCCAAGCUUCACUGGCAGUCCAACGCCGAGUACGUCUGCGUCAAGGUCGACAUCCAGAAGACCAAGUCCAGGAAGUCGAUGACCACCAACCUCGAAAUCUUCCGCGUCAAGGAGAAGGGUGUCCCCGUCGAGGUCAUUGACACCGUCAAGGAGACCGUUAUCAACUUCUCUUGGGAGCCCAAGGGCAACCGCUUCGUCCUUAUCACCGCCGGUGAGGUCAUCGCCAACGCCGCUGUCGCUCCCAAGACUGCCGUUUCCUUCUUCUGCCCGGAGAAGGCGAAGGGUAACGUCGUUGGUAACUUCAAGCACAUCCGCACCUUCGAGAAGAAGAACAGCAACGGUAUCUACUGGUCGCCCAAGGGCCGUUUCGUCGUUGUUGCUACCUUGCACUCGCAGGUUGGCUUCGACCUCGACUUCUACGAUCUUGACUACGAGGGUCCCGCCGAGGAGAAGGACAAGGACCUCACGGCCAACCUCCAGCUGAUGGCCACCGGCGAGCACUACGGCAUCACCAGCCUCGAGUGGGAUCCCUCGGGCCGCUUCGUCGCCACCGUUUCCUCCGCUUUCAUGCACCCCAUGGAAAACGGCUACAAGAUCUGGGACUUCAAGGGCACUUUGCUGCGGGAAGAGCAGAUUGAGCGGUUCAAGCAGCUGGUGUGGCGGCCGCGGCCGCCGACGCUGCUGUCCAAGGAGGAGCAGAAGAAGAUCCGCAAGAACCUGCGCGAGUACAGCAAGAUCUUCGACGAGCAGGACUUCGAGAAGAAGAACACGGCCAACCGCGCCGUGGUGGAGAAGCGGCGCCGGCAGCUCGAGGAGUGGAACGCGUGGCGCGAGCGCGUCAUCGAGCAGCUCAAGGAGGAGGCGGUCGAGGUUCUGGGCGGCAACGACGGCGCCGUCGACGCCGAAGGCGGCGAGGUCAUCGAGGAGAUUGUCGAGGAGAUUCUGGAGGAGAGCGAGGAGGUCGUCGCUUAG